GGAGGCAAAAAUAAAACUGAAAUGAGACUAUGAACUAUGAGUUAAGGACAAGUAUGAGAAUUUCGGCAAGGAAAAAUGCGGUCUGGCAGGUGCUCAAGGGCGUCUCUUCUAAGUACGUAUAUGGAAGGAUGAAGAGUAUUAAAGGAAGCCAGCUCGACGGCUGCUCUGCUUGGCAUCAUAAUGACGACACACUUCAGCUGACCAUUGAGAGCAUUUCAGACAAUCGUCAUGGCAAUGGAGUUGAGUGCAGCAGGAGGAGCAGGAGCAGCAACAGCAGCAGGAGGAGGAGAAGCAGGAGCAGCAGGAGGAUUGGCAGCUCGUAUCAGAAAAGAAGGCAAACAAUAGCUCAAUAGCAGUUUGUCGUGCGAUUCUCUUUGCACUGGUGA